AUGUCUCUUUCCUCCACCUCCACACUCAAGGCACAACUGAAGUCUGUCCUUGGCACCAAUGCCGAUACCUACUUCUCGACCCUUAAUCAAUUUAUCAUUGGCCAGUCUUCCCGCACUGAAUUCGAUGAUGCGAUGCGUGCUAUCUUGGAUAGUACCCAACUCUUACAACUACACAAUGCCCUCAUAAUCUCUUUAUUUGAUGCGACAACCCACAAACGACCCCCAUCUCCAUCAGUCUUGCCUCGUUCCAAACCUCCCGCUCGCAAACGAAGACGCGUACUUCCCUACCAAGGGCCAGAUGAAGACAGCAGUGCACUUUCAUAUCACUCUCCAAGACUAAAGAGAUGGGCUCUUUCAGUUGGCAAACGAGAGCGAGAACGUAUCAAGGGCUUCCAAGGGGUGCCACUAGAUAUUCGCCCACUUGCUCACGAGGAAAUCGCCUCAGAACGUGGCGUUGUAUUACUUGCAGAGCGUGGAGACCCACCCGGAAGUAGACUCCCUGUCCAUUUGGCUGCGACAUCUGGCCUGCCAAAUCUGAACUACAUGGCUGAGCGCAUGAACCUCAUCUGUGCUCAAAAUAACAUAGGGCAGCCCAGUCGACCUGCCUCAUUGUUGAUGAACUCUGCUUGUGAAGUAAUGCUCAAACAACUGCUCACGCAUGCGCUAACGCUUACUUCUGCGUCCCAAACCAUCCCUUCCAUCACCCCGUCGACCUCGCGGCAUCCCAACUUCCGCACCCAGCCAGUCCUCACCAUAUCAUCCUUCCACACAUUGUUCACCAUUUCCCCAGCCGACAUUCCCAACAAAUCUGCAGCCGCCUUGCGUCUGGGGUAUAUGGGUGACGACGAUAGUCACCCAGAUUCCGACCGCGACAUUGUUCUUUUAAAGGAUCGCGAGGUCCGCGACCAGCGUUGGCAGCUGCUGGCUUUACUUAGCGAACGGAGUACCGUGCGAGAGGUUUUGAGUGGGAGGGUGGGUAGUAUGUAG